CCACGGGCUCAGUGCGGGGCAUGUGCCGUCCCUCCCUGCGCCUCAGUCCUUUGCCGCCGCCGCACUCCCGCCGGCUGCCCUGCUGCUCAUUGCCCUGCCCCGCCUGCCCGCUGCCGGCCGCCCGCCUGGCCCCGGAGAGGAAGCCGCACUCGGCCAGCUGCUGCCUCCCGUUUCUCCCCGGCUCCGCCUGCAGCCCCGCGGCCCCUGACUCCCGGGCCCCCCUUCCCCCGUCCUCACCAUGGUGGCCGGCAUGCUCAUGCCCCUGGACCAGCUCCGGGCCAUUUAUGAGCUGCUCUUCAGGGAGGGUGUGAUGGUGGCCAAGAAGGACCUUCGGCCCCAGAGCCUGCACCCCCAUGUGCCCGGCGGUGUCACCAACCUGCAGGUCAUCCGGGCCAUGGGCUCACUCCGGGCCCGAGGCCUGGUGCGGGAGACCUUUGCCUGGCGCCACUUUUACUGGUACCUCACCAAUGAGGGCAUCGCCCACCUGCGCCAGUACCUUCACCUCCCCCCUGAGAUUGUGCCCGCGUCCCUGCAGCGCGUCCGCCGGCCUGUGGCCAUGGUGGCCCCUGCUCGCCGGCCGCCCUCUCGGGUGCAGACCGUGCAGGGACCCCUGAGCUGCCCGCCCAAGCGGCCUGACAGUGCCCGGGAAGAGCGGCAGGCUUAUCGCCGGAAGGAGGAUGAGGAGGCGCCUGAGCCCCCGGUGGUGCCCACCUUCCAGGGGCCGCAGACCCGGACUGGCCCGGAGCCCACCCCUGCCCCAGAUGAGCGGGACCGGGUGCAGAAGAAAACAUUCACCAAGUGGGUCAACAAGCACCUCAUCAAGGCGCAGCGACACAUCAGUGACCUGUAUGAAGACCUCCGAGAUGGCCACAACCUCAUCUCCCUCCUGGAGGUGCUCUCAGGGGAUAGCCUGCCACGUGAGAAGGGGAGAAUGCGCUUCCAUAAGCUGCAGAAUGUCCAAAUUGCCCUGGACUACCUCAAACAUCGACAGGUGAAACUGGUGAACAUCAGGAAUGAUGAUAUUGCUGAUGGCAACCCGAAACUCACCCUGGGUUUGAUAUGGACCAUCAUCUUGCACUUCCAGAUCUCGGACAUCCAGGUGAGUGGCCAGUCCGAGGAUAUGACUGCCAAGGAGAAGUUGCUGUUGUGGUCUCAGCGGAUGGUGGAAGGCUACCAGAACCUGCGUUGUGACAACUUUACUGCUAGCUGGCGGGAUGGGCGCCUCUUCAAUGCCAUCAUUCACCGGCACAAGCCCAUGCUCAUUGACAUGAACAAAGUCUACCAGCAGAGCAAUCUGGAGAACCUGGACCAGGCCUUCAACGUGGCUGAGCGAGAGCUGGGGGUCACCCGGCUGCUGGACCCCGAGGAUGUGGACGUCCCCCAGCCAGAUGAAAAGUCCAUCAUCACCUACGUGUCAUCCCUGUAUGACGCCAUGCCCCGGGUACCUGACGUGCAGGAUGGGGUGAAGGCCAAUGAGCUGCAGCUUCGCUGGCAGGAGUACCGGGAGCUGGUCAUGUUGCUGCUACAGUGGAUCCGUCAGCACAUCAUCGCCUUUGAGGAGCGCAAGUUCGCCACAAGCUAUGAGGAGACAGAGAUCCUCUGGUGUCAGUUCCUCAAAUUUAAGGAGACCGAACUUCCCGCCAAGGAAGCCGACAAGAACCGAUCCAAGAACAUUUACCAGUCACUGGAGGGGGCUGUGCAGGCUGGGCAGCUGAAGGUCCCCCCGGGCUUUCACCCUCUGGACGUGGAGAAGGAAUGGGGGAAGCUGCAUGUGGCCAUCCUGGAGCGAGAGAAGCAACUGAGAACAGAGUUUGAGAGGCAGGAGUGUCUCCAGAGAAUUGUGAGCAAGCUCCAGAUGGAAUCCAGCCUGUGUGAGGAGCAGCUGAAUCAGGCUGAUGCCCUGCUGCAAUUGGACAUCCGGCUGCUGACCUCCGGCAAAGCUCCUCAGCACGCCGGGGAAGUAGAAAGGGACCUGGACAAGGCCGAUGGCAUGAUCCGGCUGCUCUUCAACGACGUGCAGACCCUCAAAGACGGGAGGCACCCCCAGGGCGAGCAGAUGUAUCGAAGGGUGUAUCGCCUGCACGAGCGGCUUGUGGCCAUCCGCACUGAGUACAACCUGCGGCUCAAGGCCGGCGUGCCCGUGACUCAGGUGAGCCCAGUGGGCUCCCAGCGGCGGCCCGAGCUGGAGGAUGUCACGCUGCGCUACUUGCAAGACCUGCUGGCUUGGGUGGAAGAGAACCAGCGGCGGCUGGAUGGGGCCGAAUGGGGUGUGGACCUCCCCAGCGUGGAGUCACAGCUGGGCAGCCACCGGGGCCUGCACCAGUCCAUCGAGGAAUUCCGGGCCAAGAUUGAGCGAGCCCGGGCCGAUGAGAGCCAGCUCUCUCCGGCCACCAGAGGGGCCUACAGGGACUGCCUGGGCAAGCUGGACCUGCAGUACGCCAAACUGCUGAACACCUCAAAGGCCCGGCUUCGGGGCCUGGAAAACCUGCACGGGUUUGUGGCAGCGGCCACCAAAGAGCUGAUGUGGCUGAAUGAGAAGGAAGAGGAGGAAGUCAACUAUGACUGGAGCGAACGCAACAAUAACAUGGCGGCCAAAAAGGACAGCUAUUCGGCCCUAAUGCGAGAGCUGGAGCAGAAGGAGAAGAAAGUCAAGGAAAUUCAGAACACGGCCGAGCGCCUCCUUCGGGAAGAUCACCCUGGGAAGUCCACUGUGGAGGCAUUCCAGGCUGCCCUGCAGACCCAGUGGAGCUGGAUGCUACAGCUGUGCUGCUGCCUUGAGGCGCAUCUGAAGGAAAACACCGCUUAUUUCCAGUUCUUCUCUGACGUGAGAGAGGCUGAGGAGCAGCUGCAGAAACUUCAGGAGAUGAUGCGAAGGAAGUACACUUGUGACCGUUCUAUCACUGUCACUCGCCUUGAGGACCUGCUGCAAGAUGCCCAGGAUGAAAAGGAACAGAUCUUGGAGUACAAGGGGCAUCUUUUGGGCCUGGCCAAGCGGGCCAAGGCCAUCGUACAACUAAAGCCCCGUAAUCCAGCCUAUCCUAUUCGAGGCCGUCUGCCUCUGCAAGCUGUGUGUGAUUACAAGCAGAUGGAGAUGACUGUCCACAAAGGGGAUACCUGUCAGCUAGUGGGUCAUGCCCAGCCAUCCAAAUGGAAGGUGGUACACAGCAGUGGCAGUGAAGCCGUCUUGCCAUCCGUUUGUUUUCUUGUGCCCCCACCCAAUAAAGAAGCCCAAGAAGCAGUCAGCAGGCUGGAGGGGCUGCACCAGACCCUGGAGAGCCUUUGGCACCAACUGCACGUGGACAUGAAGAGCCUGUUGGCUUGGCAGUGCCUAACUCGGGAAAUCCAGCUCAUUCGCUCCUGGUCCUUGGUAACGUUCCGCACACUGAAACCAGAAGAACAACGGCAGGCCUUACGCAACCUGGAGCUGCAUUACCAAGCCUUCCUUCGGGAUAGCCAGGACUCGGGUAGCUUUGGACCAGAGGACCGGCUGCAGGUGGAGCGGGACUACAGCACCUGCACCCGUCACUAUCAGCAGCUGCUGCAGAACCUGGAGCAAGGGGAGCAGGAGGAGUCCCUGUGUCAGCGCUACAUCUCUGAGCUAAAGGACAUCCGUCUCCAGCUGGAGGCCUGUGAGGGCCGUAUUGUCCAUCGGCUCCGAGUGCCGCUGGAGAAGGAGCCUGCCCGCGAGUGUGCUCAGCGUAUCACCGAGCAGCAGGUAUGCCCCUGCCCCCCCUCCUGGCCAGCCUGUCCUCCACUCUGUGUCUCUGUCUGUCUGUCUCUCUCUAGCCAUCUGUGUCUCUCUCACUUCUCCCCAUUUAUCCUCCUUCCUUUCAAAGUCCAGAAGUGGAAACCCAAUGUAACAAACUUCCCACCAAAACCGAAAUUGCUCAUACCACCAACCCCCCUCCACCCUCCAACUGACCACUCUGCAACUGCCUACUUCUCCAUCUACCUGGAAAUGAUACCCCCCACGCCCUCCCACAUGGCCCCCCCUCCCUCUUGCGCAAGCCCCAAGUAUCACUCCCGCCUCACCCGGUCUCCCAGCACCGCAAAGGCCAAGACCCCAUCCAGCCUGGUGAUCCCACCAGGGCUGAAUCCAGCACCUCGAAACCUGAAGGGUCCCAGCACUCCACAGGAACGGCUGGGCCCUCCCGGCCCUCCUGCCUGCCGCCACAGCUUAUGGCAGGGGAACCGGCAGGCGGCUGGCCGAAGAGCGGCAGCGGGCGGAUCAGCUUGGGGCGCAAUGCGCUACUCACAGGCGCCGAGCCCCUCACGCCCUGGCCUCAGCGCCGCAAAGCGGCAGGAGCAGAUCCAGUCUGUGCCCCUGGCCAAUAGCCAGGUGGUCCGUGAGCAGCUCCAGCAGGAAAAGAAACUCCUGGAAGAAAUCGAAAGACAUGGAGAGAAGGUCGCUGAGUGUCAGAAGUACGCCAAGCAAUACAUUAAUGCCAUCAAGGACUAUGAGCUGCAGCUGGUGACAUACAAGGCCCAAGUAGAACCCGUGGCCUCCCCUGCCAAGAAACCCAAGGUGCAGUCGGUGUCAGACAGCAUCAUCCAGGAGUAUGUGGAUCUCCGCACCCGCUACAGCGAGCUGACCACCCUCACAAGCCAGUACAUCAAGUUCAUCAGCGAGACGCUGCGGCGCCUGGAGGAGGAGGAGAGGGUGGCGGAGAAGCUGAAGGCGGAGGAGAGGCAGCGGCUGGCGGAGGUGGAGGCCCAGCUGGAGAAGCAGCGGCAGCUGGCCGAGGCCCACGCCCAGGCCAAGGCCCAGGCGGAGCGCGAGGCGCAGGAGCUGCAGCGGCGCAUGCAGGAGGAGGUGGCCCGGAGGGAGGUGGUCGCCGUGGAUGCCGAGCACCAGAAGCUCAACAUCCAGCAGGAGCUGCAGCAGCUGCGGCAGAACUCGGACCUGGAGAUCCAGGCCAAGGCCCAGCAGGUGGAGGAGGCCGAGCGCAACCGCGUGCGCAUUGAGGAGGAGAUCCGCGUGGUCCGCCUGCAGCUGGAGGCCUCGCAGCGGCAGAAGAGCGGGGCCGAGGCUGAGCUGCAGGCCCUGCGGGCCCGCGCCGAGGAGGCCGAGCUGCAGAAGAAGCAGGCCCAGGAGGAGGCCGAGCGCCUGCGGCGCCAGGUCAAGGAGGAGAGCCAGAAGAAGCGGCGUGCCGAGGAGGAGCUGCGGCUGAAGGUGCAGGCCGAGCAGGAGGCUGCACGUGAGAAGCAGCGCGCAUUGCAGGCCCUGGAGGAGCUGCGGCUGCAGGCCGAGGAGGCUGAGCGCCGCAUGAGGCAGGCCGAGGCCGAGAAGGAGCGGCAGGUGCAAGUGGCCCUGGAGACAGCCCAGCGCAGUGCCGAGGUGGAGCUCCAGAGUAAGCGCAUGUCCUUCGCCGAGAAGACGGCCCAGCUCGAGCUGAGCCUGAAGCAGGAGCACAUCACUGUCACCCACCUGCAGGAGGAGGCCGAGCGCCUCAAGAGGCAGCAGGCCGAGGCCGAGCGCUUCCGCGAGGAGGCCGAGCGCGAGCUGGAGAAGUGGCGGGCCAAGGCCAACGAUGCGCUGCGCAUGCGGCUGCAGGCCGAGGAGGUCGCCCACCAAAAGGCCCUGGCGCAGGAGGAGGCCGAGAAGCAGAAGGAGGACGCCGAGCGUGAGGCCCGCAAGAGGAGCAAGGCCGAGGAGUCGGCGCUGCGCCAGAAGGAGCUGGCCGAGCAGGAGCUGGAGAAGCAGCGCAAGCUGGCCGAGGGCACGGCGCAGCAGAAGCUCUCGGCCGAGCAGGAGCUGAUCCGCCUAAAGGCCGAGACGGAGAACGGCGAGCAGCAGCGGCUGCUCCUGGAGGAGGAGCUCUUCCGCCUCAAGAACGAGGUGAGCGAGGCCAUCCAGAAGCGCAAGGAGGCGGAGGAGGAGCUGGCCAAGGUCCGGGCCGAGAUGGAGAUCCUGUUGGAGAGCAAGGCCAAGACCGAGGAGGAGUCGCGCUCCACCAGCGAGAAGUCCAAGCAGCGACUGGAGGCCGAGGCCAGCAAGUUCCGCGAGCUGGCGGAGGAGGCCGCGCGGCUGCGCGCCCUCUCCGAGGAGGCUAAGCGGCAGCGGCAGCUGGCCGAGGAGGAUGUGGCGCGCCAGCGGGCCGAGGCUGAGCGCAUCCUCAAGGAGAAGCUGGCCGCCAUCAGCGAGGCCACCAGGCUCAAGACGGAGGCGGAGAUCGCGCUGAAGGAGAAGGAGGCGGAAAAUGAGCGCCUGCGGCGGCUGGCUGAGGACGAGGCCUACCAGCGGCGCCUGCUGGAGGAGCAGGCGGCCCAGCACAAGGCCGACAUCGAGGAGAAGAUCGCCCUGCUGAAGAAGUCCUCGGAGAGCGAGCUGGAGCGCCAGAAGGGGCUGGUGGACGACACGCUCAAGCAGCGGCGCCUCAUAGAGGAGGAGAUCCGCAUCCUCAAGGUCAGCUUUGAGAAGGCUUCGGCCGGCAAGGCGGACCUGGAGCUGGAGCUGGGGCGCAUCAAGAGCAGCGCGGAGGAGAUCCAGAAGAGCAAGGAGCAGGCCGAGCAUGAGGCUGAGAAGCAGAGGCAGCUGGCGCUGGAGGAGGAGCAGCGGCGCCGUGAGGCCGAGGACAAGGUCAGGAAGAGCCUGGCGGCCGAGCAGGAGGCCGCGCGGCAGAGGAAGGCCGCGCUGGAGGAGGUGGAGCGCCUCAAGGCCAAGGUGGAGGAGGCCAAGCGCCAGAAGGAGCUGGCCGAGAGGGAGUCCGAACGGCAGAUCCAGCUGGCCGAGGAGGCCGCCCAGAAGCGGCUGCAGGCCGAGGAGAAGGCCCACGUGUUCGCCGUUCAGCAGAAGGAGCAGGAGCUGCUGCAGACCCGCCGGCAGGAGCAGAGUGCGCUGGACAAGCUGCGGGAGGAGGCCGAGAGGGCCAAGCGCGCUGCCGAGGAGGCCGAGGAGGCGCGGUGCCGCGCGGAGCAUGAGGCCACGCUGUCGCGCCAGCAGGUGGAGGAGGCCGAGCGCCUGAAGCAGCAGGCCGAGGAGCAGGCGCAGGCCCAGGCCCAGGCCCAGGCCGCUGCCGAAAAGCUGCGCAAGGAGGCGGAGCUGGAGGCCGCCAAGCGCGCCCAGGCGGAGCAGGCGGCGCUGCGGCAGAAGCAGGCCGCUGACGCCGAGAUGGAGAAGCACAAGAAGUUCGCGGAGCAGACCUUGCGGCAGAAGGCACAGGUGGAGCAGGAGCUGACUAAGGUGAAGCUCCAGCUGGAGGAGACCGACCAUCAGAAGGACAUCCUGGACGAGGAGCUGCAGCGCCUGAAGGAGGAGGUCACCGACGCCAUGAGGCAGAAGACCCAGGUGGAGGAGGAGCUCUUCAAGGUGAAGAUCCAGAUGGAGGAGUUGGUGAAGCUGAAGGCACGCAUCGAGGAGGAGAACAAGAUGCUGAUCCUGAAGGACAAAGACAACACCCAGAAGUUCCUGGUGGAGGAGGCGGAGAAGAUGAAGCAGGUGGCCGAAGAGGCCGCCCGCCUGAGCGUGGAGGCCCAGGAGGCCGCCCGGCUCCGCAAGCUGGCCGAGGAGGACCUGGCCCAGCAGCGGGCCCUGGCCGAGAAGAUGCUCAAGGAGAAGAUGCAGGCCGUCCAGGAGGCCACGAGGCUCAAGGCUGAGGCCGAGGUGCUGCAGAAGCAGAAGGACCUGGCCCAGGAACACGCCAAGAAGCUGCAGGAGGACAAGGACCAGAUGGAGCAGCGCCUCGCACAGGAGACCGAGGGCUUCCAGAAGACCCUGGAGGCUGAGCGCCGCCGCCAGCUGGAAAUGAGUGCCGAGGCUGAGAGGCUGAAGCUGCACGUGACCGAGAUGAGCCUGGCGCAGGCCAAGGCCGAAGAGGACGCCCGCAAGUUCAAGAAGCAGGCCGAGGAGAUUGGCGAGAAGCUCCAUCGCACCGAGCUGGCCACCAGGGAGAAGAUGACGCUGGUCCACACGCUGGAGAUUCAGAGGCAGCAGAGCGACAAGGAUGCUGACAAGCUGAAGGAGGCCAUCGCCGAGCUGGAGAGGGAGAAGGAGAAGCUGAAGCGUGAGGCAGAGAUGCUCCAGCACAAGUCGGAAGAGAUGCAGAUGGCCCAGAAGGAGCAGCUGCUGCACGAGACACAGGUGCUGCAGCAGACCUUCCUCACGGAGAAGGACAGCCUGCUGCAGAGGGAGCGGUUCAUUGAGGAGGAGAAAGCCAAGCUGGAGAAGCUGUUCCAGGAGGAGGUCAGCAAGGCACAGAACCUGAGGGCCGAGCAGGAGCGCCAGCAGAAGCAGAUGGAGCAGGAGAAGCAGCAGCUCCUCACCAGCAUGGACGAGGCUAAGAGGCGGCAGAAGGAGGCCGAGGACAAUGUCCGGCGGAAGCAGGAGGAGCUGCAGCAGUUGGAGCAGCGGCGGCAGCAGCAGGAGAAGCUUCUGGCAGAGGAGAACCAGAAGCUGCGUGAGAAGCUGGAGAGGCUGGAGGAGGAGCACCGGGCAGCCCUGGCCCAGACCCGGGCCGUCAUGAUCCAGACGGAAGAGAGGGUGACCCCCGCCAAGGCACUGCCCAACGGGCGUGACGCGGUGGACGGGCUGGCCCAGAACGGGGAGCCCGAGUUCGCAUUCGAGGGCCUGCGGCAGAAGGUCCCAGCCAAGAGGCUGGAGGAAGCCGGCAUCUUGAACCGCGAGCAGCUGGACAAGCUGGUGGAGGGCGUGGUCUCAGUGGGCGAGCUGUCACAGAGGGAGGACAUCAGGAGGUACCUGCAGGGCGGGAGCAGCAUCGCCGGGCUCCUGCUCAAGCCAACCAAUGAGAAGCUGAGCAUCUACAAGGCCAUGAAGAAGCAGCUGCUGAGCCCGGGAACUGCCCUCAUCCUGCUGGAGGCCCAGGCUGCCUCCGGUUUCAUCAUCGACCCCGUCAGGAACAAGAGGCUGUCCGUUAACGAGGCAGUAAAGGAGAGCGUCAUUGGGCCCGAGCUGCACAACAAGCUGCUGUCUGCCGAGAGGGCCGUCACUGGCUACAAGGACCCCUACACUGGAGACAAAAUCUCCCUCUUCCAGGCCAUGCAGAAGGACCUCAUCGUCAGGGACCAUGGCGUCCGCCUGCUGGAGGCCCAGAUCGCCACGGGCGGCGUCAUUGACCCAGUGCACAGCCACCGUGUGCCCGUGGAGGUCGCCUACCAGCGUGGCUACCUGGACGAGGAGAUGACCAAGACCCUGUCCGACCCCUCAGACGACACCAAGGGCUUCUUCGACCCCAACACGCACGAGAACCUGACCUACCUGCAGCUGCUGGAGCGCUGCGUCACCGACCCGGACACCGGUCUCCGUCUCCUGCCCCUCACGGAUGGAGCUGCCAAAGGUGGGGAGCUGGUCUACACCGAUAACGAAGCCAGAGACGUGUUCGAGAAGGCCACCGUGUCUGCCCCCUUUGGCAAGUUCCGCGGGAAGACUGUCACCAUCUGGGAGAUCAUCAACUCAGAGUACUUCACGGAGGACCAGCGGCGAGACCUGCUCCGGCAGUACAGGACGGGCAAGAUCACCGUGGAGAAGAUCAUCAAGAUUGUCAUCACCGUGGUAGAGGAGCACGAGAAGAAGAGCCAGCUGUGCUUCGAGGGCCUCCGCGCGCCCGUGCCGGCCGCCGAGCUGAUGGAGAGUAGGAUCAUCGACAAGGAGCUCUUCCACCAGCUAAGCCAGGGCAAGAGGACGGUGCAGGAGGUGGCCGAGGUGGAGUCCGUGAGGAAGUAUCUGCGCGGUGCCAAUGCCAUCGCCGGGGUGUGGCUGGAGGAGAGUGGCCAGAAGCUGAGCGCCUAUGAGGCCCUGAAGAAGAACCUGCUGAAGCCCGAGGUGGCCCUCUCUCUCCUGGAGGCCCAGGCUGGCACCGGGCACAUCAUCGACCCUCUCAAGAACACCAGAUUGUCGGUGGAUGAGGCCGUGAAAUCAGGCCUGGUGGGCCCAGAGCUGCAUGAGAAGUUACUCUCUGCAGAGAAGGCCGUGACUGGGUAUAAGGACCCCUACACUGGGCAGGUUGUCUCCCUGUUCCAGGCCCUGAAGAAGGGGCUCAUUCCCAGCGACCACGGCUUGCGCCUGCUGGAUGCCCAGCUCUCCACCGGGGGCAUCAUCGAUCCGGGGAAGAGCCACCGGGUGCCCCUCGAGGUCGCCUAUGAGCGGGGCUAUUUGGAUGAGGAGAUGAACAAGGCCCUGUCCACUCCCAAGGACAGCGCCAAGGCCUUCUACGACCCCAACACCCAAGAAAACCUCACCUACAGCCAGUUGCAGAAGAAGUGCCGGAAGGACAAGAAGACUGGCCUGUUCCUCCUGCCGCUCUCGGAGAAGGCCAUCCGGGCUCAGCAGGAGGAGAUCUACACUGACCUCCAAGCUAAGGAGUCCUUUGAGAAGGCCACAGUCGAGGUCCCCGUCGGCAGCUUCAAGGGCAGGACCGUCACCAUCUGGGAGCUGAUCCAUUCCGAGUACUUCACUGAGGAGCAGCGGCGGGAGCUGGUCCGCCAGUACAAGUCGGGCAAAGUCACCAUCGAGAAGAUCAUCAAGAUCAUGAUCACCAUCAUCGAGGAGACAGAGACCAAGAGGCAGGAGAAGCUCACCUUCAGCGGCCUGCGCACGCCCGUGGCGGCCAGCGAGCUCCUUGAGUCCAGGGUCAUCAGCAGGGCCCAGUUUGACCAGCUGAAGGACGGCAAGAAGUCGGUGAAGGACAUCUCUGAGACAGACUCAGUGAAGAGGUUCCUCCAGGGCACCGACUGCAUUGCAGGCAUCUAUGUGGAGGAGACCAAAGAGAAGCUGACCAUCUACCAGGCCAUGCGGAGGAACUUGCUGCGGCCCAGCACAGCUGUCAUUCUCCUGGAGGCCCAGGCCGCCACAGGCUUUGUGAUCGACCCCAUAAAGAACCAGCGUCUCUAUGUCAACGAGGCGGUAAAAGCUGGCGUGGUGGGGCCGGAGCUGCAUGAGAAGCUGCUCUCCGCCGAGAAGGCUGUCACCGGCUACAAGGACCCCUACUCAGGCAACACCAUCUCCCUCUUUGAGGCCAUGAAGAAGGGCCUGAUUCUCAGGGAGCACGGCAUCCGCCUGCUGGAGGCCCAGGUCGCCACGGGCGGCAUCAUUGACCCUGUGCACAGCCACCGCGUGCCCGUGGAGAUCGCCUACAAGCGCGGCUACCUGGAUGAGGAGAUGAACCGGACCCUGUCCGACCCCUCGGACGACACCAAGGGCUUCUUCGACCCCAACACGCAGGAGAACUUGACCUACCUGCAGCUGAAGCAGCGCUGCGUGGAGGACCCUGAGACCGGCCUCUACCUGCUGUCCCUGAAGAAGCCCGAGAGGCCGGAGGUGGUGGAGACCACGCAGGUGUACACGGAGGAGGAGACCCGCAGGGCCUUCGAGGAGACGCAGAUCGACAUUCCCGGGGGCAGCCAGGGCAGCACCUCCAUGUCCCUGUGGGAGGUGAUGCAGUCCGACAUGAUCCCCGAGGAGCAGCGCGCGCGGCUGAUGGAGGACUUCCGUACAGGCAAGGUCACCAAGGAGCGAAUGAUCAUCAUCAUCAUCGAGAUCAUUGAGAAGACCGAGAUUAUCCGCCAGCAGAACCUCCACUCCUAUGAUUACGUCCGGCGCCGGAUCACCGCUGAGGACCUCUAUGAGGCGCACAUCAUUUCCCUGGAGACUUACAACCUUGUGCGGGAGGGGACCAAGACCAUCCGGGAGGUCCUGGAGGCGGAGACCGCCUGGCGCUACCUGUACGGGAGCGGCUGUGUGGCCGGCAUCUACCUGCCCGCCUCCAAGCAGAAGCUGACCAUCUACCAGGCCCUAAAGAAGGGGCUCAUCAGCGCCGAGGUCGCUCGCACCCUGCUGGAGGCUCAAGCAGCCACGGGCUUCAUGAUCGACCCUGUCAAGAACGAGCGGCUCACCGUGGAUGAGGCUGUGAGGAAAGGGCUGGUGGGCCCAGAGAUCCACGACCGGCUGCUUUCGGCCGAGAGAGCAGUGACCGGCUACCGGGACCCCUACACCGAGCAGACCAUCUCCCUCUUUCAGGCCAUGAAGAAGGACCUCAUCUCCUCUGAGGAAGCCCUGAGGCUCCUGGACGCGCAGCUGGCCACGGGAGGCAUCAUCGAUCCCCGCCUGGGCUUCCACCUGCCUCUGGAAAUCGCCUACCAGCGAGGCUACCUGAACAAAGACACAUAUGACCAGUUGUCGGAGCCCAGCGAGGUCCGGAGCUAUGUGGAUCCAUCCACCGAGGAGAAGCUGAGCUACACACAGCUACUGAAACGCUGCCGCCGCGACGAAAACAGUGGGCAACUGCUCCUGCCCCUCUCGGACACCCGGAAGCUGACCUUCCGCGGCCUGCGCAAGCAGAUCACCGUGGAGGAGCUGGUCCGCUCCCGGGUCAUGGACGAGGCGACUGCCCUCCAGCUGCAGGAGGGGCUCACCUCCAUCGAGGAGGUCUCCAAGAACCUUAAGAAGUACUUGGAGGGCACCAGCUGUAUCGCUGGCGUCUUCGUGGACUCCACGAAGGAGCGGCUCUCAGUCUACCAGGCCAUGAAGAAGGGCAUUAUCCGCCCUGGCACCGCCUUCGAGCUGCUCGAGGCCCAGGCCGCCACAGGCUACGUCAUCGACCCCAUCAAGGGGCUCAAGCUCACGGUGGAGGAGGCCGUCCGCAUGGGCAUCGUGGGCCCUGAGUUCAAGGACAAGCUCAUCUCAGCCGAGCGCGCCGUGAUCGGGUACAAGGACCCCUACUCCGGGAAGCUCAUCUCCCUCUUCCAGGCCAUGAAAAAGGGCCUGAUCCUAAAGGACCAUGGCAUCCGUCUGCUGGAGGCCCAGAUUGCCACCGGGGGCAUCAUUGACCCGGAGGAGAGCCACCGACUGCCCGUGGAAAUGGCAUACAAACGGGGGCUGUUUGACGAGGAGAUGAACGAGAUCCUUACGGACCCCUCGGAUGACACCAAGGGCUUCUUCGACCCCAACACGGAGGAGAACCUCACCUACCUGCAGCUAAUGGAGAGGUGCAUCACAGACCCAGAGACUGGCCUCUGCCUGCUGCCCCUGAAGGAGAAGAAACGGGAAAGGAAGACCUCCUCCAAGUCAUCUGUCCGGAAGCGGCGGGUGGUGAUUGUGGACCCUGAGACGGGCAAGGAGAUGUCCGUGUACGAGGCCUACCGCAAGGGGCUCAUUGACCACCAGACCUACCUGGAGCUCUCGGAGCAGGAGUGCGAGUGGGAAGAGAUCACCAUCUCCUCCUCCGACGGCGUGGUCAAGUCCAUGAUCAUUGACCGCCGCUCUGGCCGGCAGUACGAUAUCGAUGACGCCAUCUCCAAGAGCCUUAUCGACCAGUCGGCCCUCGACCAGUACCGUGCCGGCACGCUCUCCAUCACUGAAUUCGCUGACAUGCUCUCGGGCAACAUGAGUGGCUUCCGCUCAAGGUCGUCCUCGGUGGGCUCCUCCUCCUCCUACCCCAUCAGCCCAGCUGUCUCCAGGACUCAGCUCGCCUCCUGGUCCGACCCCACUGAGGAGACGGGGCCGGUGGCCGGCAUCCUGGACACGGACACCCUGGAGAAGGUGUCCAUCACCGAGGCCAUGCACCGGAACCUGGUGGACAACAUCACUGGACAGCGUCUGCUGGAGGCCCAGGCCUGCACCGGGGGCAUCAUCGACCCCCACACCGGGGAGAAGUUCCCCGUCACCGAUGCCGUCAACAAGGGGCUAGUGGACAAGAUCAUGGUGGACAGGAUCAACCUGGCCCAAAAGGCAUUCUACGGUUUCGAGGACCCGCGGACCAAGACAAAGAUGUCUGCGGCGCAGGCCCUCAAGAAGGGCUGGCUCUAUUACGAGGCUGGGCAGCGCUUCCUGGAGGUGCAGUACCUGACCGGGGGGCUGAUUGAGCCCGAUACGCCAUCCCGGGUGCCCCUGGACGAGGCCCUGCAGAAGGGAACCAUCGACGCCCGGACCGCCCAGAAGCUGCGGGAUGUCAACACCUACUCCAAGUACCUCACUUGCCCCAAGACCAAGCUCAAGAUCUCCUACAAGGAUGCCAUGGACCGCAGCAUGACAGAGGAGGGCACGGGCCUGAGGCUGCUGGAAGCCUCCUCCCAGUCCAGCAAAGGAUACUACAGCCCUUACAGCGUCAGUGGCUCCGGCUCUACUUCGGGCUCCCGGGCGGGAUCGCGCACUGGCUCUCGUGCUGGCUCUCGGCGGGGAAGCUUUGACGCCACUGGCUCCGGCUUCUCCAUGACCUUCUCUUCCUCCUCCUACUCUUCAUCGGGCUAUGGCCGCCGAUACGCUUCGGGGCCUCACGAAGCCUCCGAGGGGGCCCAGCUCUCCUCGGAUUGGGGCAGCCUGAGUGGGAGCUGCAGGGGGGCGGCAGGAGAGGAGUGGGCCGCGCUGGGGGGGCCACAGCCUGCUGUGGCGUAACCACCCUGGCCCCGCCCUUCCCCCUCCGCUCCCUCCCCUGCCCCCCCUUACUCUGCAUGUGAUCCAUCUGCCAGCUAAGUGCCCUGGGUUUACUUUUUGUUGUUUUUUGUUUUUUUUUUUAAUUUUUAAAAAGACUCUUCUUCCAAAGCGGUGCCUAAAGUUUAACCAAAAAAACUAGACUAAUAUAUUAAUAUAUAUUUGCUGUUCCAAGAAUUUGUAUAUUGAGGGGAGCCGGGGGGGCCAUCUUUUUGCCCACCUCGCCAUCCACGCUGAGACUCUCCUGACCAUCCAUGCUGGCAGCCACUUCACCACAGCCUGACGCCUUGGACUUGGUCCGAGCCAGCUCUCACCUCCUGCGGACUUGGGGGCCUCCGGCUCUUCCAGUACCUCCUGCCUGCUGCCCCCAGCCCUGCCCCUUCCUCCCCCUUGGCUCCUGCAGAGCAGAGCCGGGCUGAGCCACCACCUGGCCGUGUUUUACUUCUCUCAGCAACAUGUCCUCCGCCCGGCCUCGGGCCAGGGGGUCCUUCCCCAGGGCUUGCCUCUGCAGCUGCUGCCGGGACCCUCCUCCCUGCCCCCGGGUCAGGUGAGGGGCAGCCUGUCUCCCCGUGGGGCCUUCAGCCUUCUCUUCACCACCAGGAUGGGGCAGGAGCCCCACGCAUGUUGGACUGACUCCCCGCCCACUCUCCUGCCUGCCUUUCAGCCCUAACCCCGAUCCUGCAGUGGGCUCCACCUUUGGGGGCUGGACUUGUGAGUGAGGAGGGAGGCAAAGGGAAUGGUCCUCUUGGUGUGUCUGGGAAGUGCCCUGCCCAGGUGGGGCGGGGAGAAUGCCCUCUAGUCGGCUUUGGCCCAUCAGGAGCUGGAUGCUGGGCCAGGGAGCGAAGGCUGCUGACCUGUGGUUGUGGAUGGGAUGGGGGAGAGGGCCUCUUUGGCCCCCCCCUCAAGGAAGGAUAAACCUUUUCCACCCCUUCACUUGCUCUUCUCCUCCUCCUACCUGGAGGCUUGGAGAUAACCUGUUCUCCUUCUGUGUCAGCUGUCUUUCUCCAGCCUUCCCAGAGAAGUCCCUUCCCCAUGGGAA